AUGGCUCCUCUAUCUGACGACGAUAUCAAAAUUAUCAAGAAGCACCCUUUUAAACAGUCUUUGAGUCUUUCACGGCGCCCACUGCAGGAUGUGGAGUGGUCGUAUGCCAUGGCCACUUCUCUUGACGGCACUGAUAAACAAAAACUCCAAGAUGCGGUAUCGAAUCUUCUAAUUGCGCUGAUUAAAACAGACGCCGCCUUUAAACUUCCUUCAAAGAUAAGUAAUCUUGAAGUAGCAGCUGAACUUUUUUCUCUGCUCCAGGGUGUUCGGAAAAGCGACUUCAACUAUAUCUACUACCGUCCGCUCGUUAGCCUCGUCAUUGACAGGAGAUCCGACUACGCAAUCUGGGAAGAGGUUUUCAAUCUUAUUGCCCAGUUCUCGGAGGUAACUACCAUGUCAGCAACCACACCACCCGUGACUGAUGGCACUUCCAUCAUGAAUGUGUUCACGUCGCAGGAAGACAGUAAAAACAGUGAAGACAGUGAAGACAGUGAAGAUAGUGAAGAUAGUGAAGAUAGUGAAGAUAGUGAAGAUAGUGAAGAUAGUGAAGAUAGUGAAGAUAGUGAAGACAGUGAAGACAUGCGAGAAGGAGUCGAAGAAAGAGUCUUGGAGGAGAUCAAGGGCCGCACACAUAUAGAUGUGCAGGGAUUUUACGAGAAAUACUUCGAGGGAAAGGACUGGACUAACCGUGCUCGGGAUGUCUAUGAGUUGGUAAAGGACCGACAUUGCGCUGGCAAGUGGCUCGGUCUUCACGACUCUCCUGCUCAGGAUGACGUCCAAUUCUGGAUAUUCCAAGUACAAAAUGAGUUUCUCUUGCAUGAGAGGCGUCGCUACUACAGGAUCAACCGCUCAAGGGAGCUUACUGGUGGCAACGCCCCGCAUCACAUCGAUCUAAUCGUUAAACGAAGGAGCGGACAUCCAUCAGAUACUACACACGACUGGAAUAGCGUCGAAGUGAUUGGAAAGCUCAAGGCGUCCAGCAAAAAUUUCAAGCGGACCUUGGCUCAGCUCGCUAGAUACGCGCAAGACGUGUUUGCUUAUCAGCCGACGCGCCGAUACCUUCAUGCAUUUACCAUCUGCUGGACAUUCAUGACUCCGUGGGUCUUUGACCGCUCGGGAUGCUACAGUCCUGGCCAGUUUAAUGUACAUGAGGAGCCGCAACGAUUUAUUUUUCUGAUUGCUGGGUAUCUGAUGAUGAAUGAGGUAGAACUGGGUCUGGACACGUUCAUAAAGCGGAACGGCAACCAUCGCUUCAUACAUAUUGAGCGGGAUGGCGCCAAAGUAUCGAGACAGCUGGAACUGAAACCAGACCCUCUCAUUCAUCAACAGGCAAUAGUCUGCCGCGGAAUGUCCUGCUAUCUCACGAAGGCUCUACACUCCAAACAUUGGAAUUACGUUACCAAGUUUUCAUGGACGACCGAUGAAAGAACGCCCGAGGUCGAUCUUCUCAAGCUUGCAAACCAGAGACGAGUUGAAGGCAUCGCUACCUUGGUCGCACAUUGCGCCAUUACCAGUAUCAAGGAUCUACGCUCAGGCCUCACGUUCAAGGAGCCGUACUCCUUCUAUGGGAAAGCCAGUACCCCAUUUUUAGUCUCACAAUCUCAAUCACAUAGGCACUUGUCUCGGCCAUCCAUCGGCCCUCCUGACUUAGCCAUCGCAGAAAUUGCGGGUGACCGAUCUUCAAGAAAACGCAAGCCAGGCGACGUCAGUAUAUAUCCUUCCAAACGACAAAGGCGCAGCCGGCAGCGAUCAGGCCCACCUCGGAACGAGAUAUCCUACGAUCCGAAUGAGGAAACCAGCUCGGUUCUUUUCGGGGACAAUCCAUAUGAUAACCACAUUCUUCACUGUCUCGUCACCCAUCCCACAGGUCGGCCGAUAUAUAAAUACCAAUCCACUUUGGAACUAUUGGAAGCUCUGCGCGACGCGAUCAAGGCACACCGAAACCUAUAUUCCCAAUGCAACAUCCUUCAUCGUGGUAUAUCUGAGAAUAAUAUCAUCAUAACGGACUGCAAGACGACUGGCUUUGCGGGGAUGCUCAUCGACAUGGAUCUCUCUCUGGACCUCAGCAACAGCCGAACCUUAGCUCCCUCACGCAUAGGCACCGUGGAGUUCAUGGCCUUCGGAGUGCUACUCAAUUCUUGGCAUACGUAUCGACAUGAUCUCGAGUCAUUCUUCUAUGUGCUUAUCUGGCAGUGCGGUCACCGUGGCUGGAAGUUUGUCAAUAGGCCGAAAGAUCGCCCAACGGAUAGUUUGCUCUCGGGCUGGGAGACUGGCUCUUUCAGGAAAAAGGCAAUGUCCAAAAUUGGUAUUAUGGACAAAAUCAUAUUUGAGUCAGUACUAGAAGAGUUUCCGCUAGAGUUUGACUGCGUCAAGCCACUCUGUAGAAAGUUGCGUGGAAUCUUGUUUCCAAUAUGUAAUGAUGCGAUGUUCACAGCGACACCGAAGGACCCGGAGACGCUCUACGAACCAAUUAUCGAGGCUUUUACCAGAGCAAUUUGUUAUAUCAAACGGGGAGCAAGGGGUUUUGCUAGCUUCCUAUAA